AUGAAGAAUGACAAUAAGUUGCAAAAGGAAUCACUUAAACGACUAUCACGGCUGAGAUACCCGUUUGCCGAUGCCCCAAGUAUAGUACAAGCGCAUCAAAAAGAUGAACAAAUCCAGACCCUUUUGAUUCUAAAAGUGACUGAACUAUGCAAAUUGAUAAAGAACCAACUAUUUGUUAACUCUUACCCUAGAGAACUGUCCAUAUUUGCCAAGCUAUUAUAUUUGCUCUUUACUACAGGAAGACGUGGUAGAACAUUAGGCGAGGAAUAUGUUGACUUGAUAUACACCAAUAAGAAGGGUACUCAACUGGUAGGACGGCUUAAAAUGGUUUCAUUCGUUUUCGCCUAUUCUUUAUGUCCAUAUUUCAUCACCAAAUUAUACAAGAAAAUAAUGAAGAGCAAAAAGGAAAGCGAAACUGAAAGUGUCACCGGGUUUUGUAAGAGCCUUCUAGAUUUCAUUUUAGACUUGUACAUGACCCUGUUUUAUUUUAAAGGAACUUUUUACAGUAUUUUUAAAAGGAUAUUUGGUAUGAGAUAUGUUUUUAAGCAUAUAAUGUCAAAAAAUGAGACCAAGUUUAGAAAAGAGGGCUCAAAAAAGUACAAGGUUUUAGGUUAUAUUCUAUUGGCUCAAAACACUAUGAAAUGGUAUCCCGUUUUAACCUCUACACUCGGGUCCUGGAUUAAUGAGAAGAAAAGUAACAAUAAUUCAAUUAUUAGGUCGUCACUUGAUUUACGGGAGCGUUCAGAUCGUUACUCUAUAGAAGGCAUACCGAGCGAAUCGCAGCUGGCUCAUAUAAAUCUGUCAGAUAAAUAUCAACUGCCGUAUAUUCCAGAAUCCUCGAGAAAAUGCAUUUUAUGUCUGAUGGACAUGACUGAUCCUAGCUGUGCGCCAUGUGGACAUCUAUUCUGUUGGAAUUGCCUCAUGAGUUGGUGUAAAGAGAGGCCAGAGUGUCCCUUGUGCAGACAGCACUGUCAAUCACAGGAAAUUUUAGCCCUGCGGCAAUAG